AUGAAACCUGUUAAAAUAGUUAUUAUUGGUCCUGUUGCGAGCGGGAAAACAAUGAUAGCAAAUUUUCUCGCAGAUGCGACGGGAAUGGCUUAUGAUUAUCGGCCUACACAGGGAGUUAGGAUACUCGAGUUUGAUGUUUUGGAUGUUGAUGUUAAAAAUAAAAAAGUUAAAGUCGAUAUUGAGUUGUGGGAUUGUAGUGGCGAUGACAAAUUUGAAGAUUGUUGGUCUGCGAUAAAAAAAGAUAUACAAGGACUAAUAUUUGUGUAUAAUAAAAAAACAGACGAACAAGUUCAAGAGCUUGAAAAAUUUUACAACUAUUUUGUGCUAAAGUCACAAUUAGAGCCAAAAGACUGCGUUGUUUUUUUCUUUGAAUCUGAUAAACAAGCUGGCGAUGCACCUAAACGUUUAUCUAACGUCUUCGCUAAAAUAUCCCAAGUAAAUUGCAGUUUAGAAGAGAACAGAAAUAAAUUGAAAACAGACUUUCAAACAUUUUUGAGUACUCUGAUGACGAGAAUCCAAGAAAAAGUCGACCAAGAAGAGAAUAAUAUCUUAAAGGACAACUAAGCACUUGAUAAAUGAAAAUAAAUAAACAAUUUUAAAAC